GGACCCACGUCGCGAACCCUUUCAUCGGCGCCAGAAAAAAUCGUUGCGAGACAAUUUGUCCAAGAAGCUGAUGUCGCCAGCUAUACGACGUCGAGUCGAAAAGUCCGGCUGUGAAACUAAAACUAUACCGUUAUAACAAUACGCCAACUCCUGUGAUAAUAAUUCCAUUAGUUUCAUGAGGAUACUGAAAUUUAUUUUAGGUACACGUUGAGUGAAGUGUUUUUUACUGGUGUCGUUAAUAAAACUAUGCAUAUAGUGAUUCCUCAACAAUCCUGAUGGUAUAGUCUGGAUUUGUAUAAAUGCCAGGUUUCGCGGUCCUGGAUGGUCCAAUAGGAUUGCUGUAAGCUCAACAGAGCAGUAUUGGAACACGGAAGCGUCGGUGACGACGCUGUCGGCAAAAGCAAGAGCGGGGCGCUCCCGCCGCGUGGAUGGUGGCGGGCGAAUGGGGCUAUGCGCCGGCGUCGGCCGCCCCCGCCAUGAAUGUUUUUCUCGAGUCGAAUCAGGCACAUCUAGCCUCGUACGGGCUGAAGAUGUCGCCACAGCCGGGAUGCGGCAUGGGCCCGCAGCAUCGCGCUGCUGCUGCGCCACACGCGCCUCCGCACCACGCGCCGCAUUACCAGCCCUAUCCGCUACACUCGUACCAGCCUGGAGGCUACUUGCGUGACUACGGUGGCUGCGGCGAACUGUUCCCGCAGCAGCCAUUGGAUCAAAGCUGGGAGUGGCGCGGCGACGUGCACUACCAGGGCGGCGCGCCACCUUUGGUGCCCCACGCGCAUCCUCAUGCGCCGCAUGCCUUCUUGCGCUACGUGCGCGCGCCGCCUCGCCGUGACAUGCGCUGUCAGUGGCUGGACCCCGAUCAACCGCCGCCAAAAAAGUUGUGCAACAAACUGUUCUCGAGUAUGCACGAAAUCGUCACGCACCUCACAGUGGAACACGUCGGCGGGCCCGAGUGCACAACACACGCGUGUUUUUGGCAGGGCUGCUCACGAAACGGACGGCCCUUUAAAGCUAAAUACAAGUUGGUGAAUCACAUUCGAGUGCACACAGGGGAAAAACCAUUUCCUUGUCCGUUCCCCGGCUGCGGGAAAGUAUUCGCCAGAUCGGAAAACCUAAAGAUUCACAAAAGGACACAUACAGGUGAGAAACCAUUCAAAUGCGAAUAUGCGGGUUGUGACCGAAGGUUUGCAAACUCCUCGGAUAGAAAGAAACACUCACAUGUACACACAUCGGACAAGCCGUAUAACUGCCGAGUGCAUGGAUGUGACAAAUCAUACACACACCCGUCGUCGCUGCGAAAACACAUGAAGGUGCACGGCGCCGCCGGAGAUGCCUCGCCUCGAUACGACAGCGAUGGCGACGACUCCUCCUCGGCUGGCAGUGUCAGCGUCACGGCCGGCGCCGCAAGCCCCUCGGCCCCUAUACCACCGCCACCACCUGCGCCGGCGCCCAUACACAACCCGCAUCAUCACCCCUCGAUCACGGACAAACUCGAAAGUUUAAAUGACAAAUACCUAAACCCUCACGACCAAAAAUCCUAUGAAAGACAUCCUCCACAUCACCAACAUCAACCGCAUCUAACAAAUAUCGGUGGGAACGGUGUGAUGGACAACAAAAUUGGUUUUGGUGGGCAUUGGACACAAUUCCAACAACCGGCGCCGACGGUACCACACGGGGUGCCGGACUGGUGGUGCCCCACACAGGAAAGCUACCACCACCAUCACUUGAUGCACCACUCCGGUGCCGCCGCUGCAUAUUGACCACACCGCGCUUAGGGAACUCUUCAUUCGACGAUUAGCCGACUGUCAAUGCUAAGUAGGAACGCGUCUUCACGGGAACAAUUGUGCUAGCUUAAAAACUGUGCAAACUGUUAAUUAAAAAGUCAGUGAAAUUUUUAUACCGUGGAAUGAAAAGUUCACUAUAGCGCUACAGAAUAUUCCAUGUUGCAUUACGCUUAGUAAAUUUAAAAGUCCAUAGAAUCCGACCAGUGAAUCUGCAGACUUCAGCCGUCCGAGAGUUUUAUUGAUAUUGAAUUCUACUGACUGUAAGUAAAGAGUUAUUGAAAGAAUUGUGUAAUUAUUUAAUGGUAGGGUCUCGUGACAACUUGUUUGCUUUAAACAACUUGUAAACAAUGAACAAGCAACCACCAGUUGAAUGCUUUACAACAUGCUGUAUUUUUCUAAAAACAAUCUUCGUGAAAAAUCUUUAUUUUUGACUAUGCAUUUCUGUCCUGAGCAUUGUCAGUUAGAACUUUUGUCACUCUUGGGAUGGGACACUUUAUUCAUUGAAGAUUUUUGUCAAUUGCAUUGUUGACAGAGAUUUAUGACAGCCUUUAUGUAGAGUAAGCAAAAAUUUACAAACAGUUGCAUUGUUAAUAGGAUUCCUAACACCGUAAUUGAAUACACCCUUAUUUGAUGGUUUCUUUGAUUUUCGACAAACUUUUUGAAUCCAUUAUUGUAUUCCAAUGGUUUUAACAAUAUUUAUCGAAUAAGUGUAAAAACAUGUCUAUUUACGGGUUUAACAGUUUCCGUUUUAUAGGUAAGUGAUGGUUUUGUUUAUUCAGGACAAGUAAGCUCUAACACAAAUCUUGUAAAAAUAAAAUUAAAUGAUCUGCAUGGCCAAAGCACCGAAGUCCAAUAAAAUUACAAUUUAUAGGUUGUAAAAUUCUUGUAAAUUUUUAAUUUUAGAAUAAAUAAUUUCAUGUAAAAAUAUUAUAAGAAAAAAUGCCCAGUGAUAAUAGAUGUAAGGGAUUGAUUUUAUUGUACAUUUUUGUC